CUCCACAGUUUUUCAUCAGUGAGGACUGGAAUGUGAACAAAGUAACACAGCCAACCAGACAAGAGGUGAACAAAACUAUGAUUCCUUCCCUGAUUUCGAAACUCCACAACGUCAGGAUUUGUCACUAGCGCCCAGAACACUGACAACUCUGUCGGCCUGGUCUGUUGAGGGGACGCUUUUUGGGACCAAUGCAGACCCCCCCUCAGUUCCUCACUGUCAGUGCCUGUGCGUGGGUCAGCGGUUUUUGUCGCUUUCGGGGUAUUGGAACCAGUGAAAAUUUAGACGUGCUGGAAAAGAUGUCAGUCAGCGUCCAUGAAAACCGCAAAUCCAGGACGAGCACGGGCUCCAUGAACAUUUCGCUCUUCCACAAGCCCUCCCAUCCAGACAGCGUGCUCACCCACCUUAAUACCCUACGCAAACAGUGCAUGUUCACAGAUGUGACACUAUGGGCAGGCGACCGUUCCUUUCCCUGUCACAGAGCUGUGCUCGCUGCAUGCAGUCGCUACUUUGAAGCCAUGUUUAGCGGUGGCCUCCGUGAGAGCCUUGACAAUGAGGUUAACUUUCGAGACAGUGUUCACCCAGAAGUUCUAGAGCUGUUGUUGGACUUUGCUUACUCCUCACGUGUCAUCAUCAACGAGGAGAAUGCAGAGUCACUUCUCGAGGCUGGAGAUAUGCUGCAGUUUCAUGACAUCCGUGAUGCAGCUGCAGAAUUUUUGGAGAAGAACUUGCACGCGUCAAACUGCUUAGGGAUGAUGCUGCUCUCCGACGCCCAUCAGUGCAAGCGCCUCUACGAGCUGUCAUGGAGGAUGUGCCUCAUCCACUUUGAGACUCUUCGAGACACUGAGGACUUCUGCGGGCUCUCAAAAGACAAGCUUUUGGAUCUCAUCCUUAGCGAUGAGCUGGAGGUUGAAGAUGAACAGAUUGUGUUCAAUGCAGUCAUGCGCUGGGUUAGAUACGACCUAGACAGCCGCAGAGAUUAUCUUCCUGAACUUCUCCGAGGACUACGCCUUGCACUGUUACCUUCAGAAUGCCUCAUUGAGGCUGUGGCAUGUGAAGAACUUGUGAUGUCCGAUAAAAGGAGCCGACAGAUUGUCGAUGAGGCCAUGCAGUGCAAGAAAAAGAUUCUGCAGAACGACGGAGUUGUCACCAGCCCCUGCGCUAGGCCUCGCAAAGCUGGGCACACGCUGCUGAUUCUUGGGGGUCAAACAUUUAUGUGUGAUAAGAUCUACCAAGUGGAUCACAAAGCAAAAGAGAUCAUCCCUAAAUCAGAUCUUCCCAGUCCCAGGAAAGAGUUCAGUGCAUGUGCCAUUGGCUGCAAAGUUUACGUAACAGGAGGAAGGGGAUCGGAAAAUGGAGUGUCGAAGGAUGUUUGGAUAUAUGACACGGUACAUGAAGAAUGGUCGAAAGGUGCCCCUAUGCUAAUUGCACGUUUCGGACAUGGCUCGGCUGAACUUGAAAACUGCCUUUAUGUUGUUGGGGGUCACACUGCUAUAGCAGGUGUCUUCCCAGCCUCCCCAUCAGUAUCUCUUAAACAGGUUGAGCGGUAUGACCCUCUAACCAACAAAUGGACAAUGAUGGCACCACUAAGGGAUGGUGUCAGCAAUGCAGCAGUGGUCAGUGCCAAACUAAAACUCUUUGUGUUUGGUGGAACAACAAUCCACAGGGACAAGGCCUCAAAGGUCCAGUGCUAUGACCCUGUUGAGAACCGCUGGACUAUAGCUGCUGAGUGCCCGCAACCCUGGAGAUACACUGCCGCCGCUGUCCUUGGCAGUCAGAUAUUCAUAAUGGGUGGCGAUACAGAGUUCACUGCAGCGUCCGCCUACCGAUUUGAUUGCGAGACUAAUCAAUGGACGCGUGUAGGUGACAUGACUUCUAAAAGAAUGAGCUGCCACGCUGUGGCCUCUGGUAAUAAACUCUAUGUGGUUGGCGGGUACUUCGGCACACAGCGGUGUAAAACUCUGGAUUGCUAUGAUCCGACGUCGGAUAGCUGGAACAGUAUCACUACCGUGCCUUAUUCACUGAUUCCAACUGCAUUUGUUAGCACCUGGAAACAUCUUCCUGCCUAGACGCCUCCAUUUCAAGUGUAUGGAUCUGAUCUGGGUGCUUCCUUUGAAAACUGCUUAAAUCAUAAUUCUAAGCAGAGGAGCAACUGAAGUCAGCAGGCUGUCGACAUUGACACAUAAACAGUGAUUUCUGUCAAGAUAACUCCAUGCCAAAAUGCUAAACUCGGCUUGGCAGCCGUCUUUGAAAGCAGCUGAGUGCUCCCAUCUUAUUGAGGGUUUUGAGAGUGGUUGAGCAAAGAGAAAAUUGGCAUGUUAAACCAUCUGGAUGUCUAACAGUAUUACAGAGCAGUGGCUGUCAUUGAAGGGCAACAUCUUCAAGAGGAUUGAAGGUUGAGGCUUAAACGUCUCACGAGUCCUUACUUGGGAUCAGAGUGAUGUGUCAGCACUAGUGAGCCAUUGAAAUAUUGAUUUGUGAUCUACAUUACAAAGCUUUUUCUGUCAAUUGGCUAUUAGGUAGAGUGAGAGCACAAAGUGGCUUAAUCUCUGUAAUUACAGACUGCAAUGAGGGAGUCAAUGUGGAGAGAUUUAGGGAGAGGGUGCUUAUUGUUGCUGGAACAGAUGUCACAGGGUUUCGUUUCCCAUCAAAUGUACCAUAUAACGCUCUUUUUGUGUCACUGAAAGUUUGGCCACUGAAAUUUUUCAGCUGAAAAUUGUUUUAUGGUAUAUGUUGCUGAAUAUUUUCAGUGGCCAGAGGACAACGUGAACAGAAGCACUUUCGCAAUUGGAAUGCAAUUGCAAAUUUGCAGAAUUUGCAUUUCCCACUUGUGCAUUGAAGUCCCCAUGCUCAAAAGCAAUCAGUCUCCUUGGCUGUUGGUGCAUUAAUAAGGACCUAUUUAUAUACUUCAUUAGAGAAGCUAUUUUGUAUGUGUGAAGAAAGAAAACUUUGUUACUUAAAGAACCUGCCACCUUUGUUUUAGAAAUGGAAAAUGCAUUGCCAUCUGUUGUGUAUUCCUGACACGGUACAGAUGUGUUAUUAGCAAAAUUUCUGUUUUUAAGUUAUACAUUUACUGUACAGAAAUUGUAACAGCCUCACUCUCUCCACAUACGUACUCUCAAAACAUUUCUUAGGGUCUAAACAUGCAUGAAAACUCUGUACUCUGAAAAUUUUCAUCUGAUAUGGGUUUCAGAAGUGGGUGUGGAAAAAUGGCUUGAUUAGCACCACCUAUAAAAUUUCAACGAAGUGCCCUUCAAGGUAUGUUUCACAUACAUGUACGAAAUUCGGUAGACACAUGUAACACACCAAUACCUACAAAAAAGUCUCCCUGUGCGAAUUCCGAAACCCAACAGGAAGUCUGUUAUUUUGAAUUUUCUCUGCAAGUUUUGUGCCGUUUUUGCCAUUUUCAGGCAUUUAAACAAACUCCUCCUAGAGAUAUAAACCAAUCAACACCAAAUUUGGUCAGUGUAAUCUAAAGCCCUUUGUGACGUUAAGUUUGCGAAGAUCUUGAGUUUUCUUUAAAGGACUGGUCCAUGGUGGACUGACAAACGUUGAUGUUAUUUAUUAUUAAACAAGUUGUACGAUCUGCCACAAACUUCACAUGUUUGAUAAGAGUCCUGUGCUGAACACAUGCCCAUUCCCAUAUUCAGUUAUAGUCAUAGCGCCACCUGCUGGCAACAGGAAGUGGCAUGUUUCACACUUUAACAAACUCCUUUUAGCGAUUUAGUGACAUCAAUGUUAUAUUUGAUUAGUCUACUCUAAAGGCCUUUGCGAUGCUAAAUUGUGAAGAUCUUUAUGCUAAAUUGUGAAGAGUUUUUGUAAAAGGGCGUGUCUGUGGCGGCCUGUCAAAGUUUGAUAUUUUGCUAUGGAAAGGAAGUUGUUAUAACUGAGCCAUACAAUGUCCAAUCUGCCCCAAACGUCACACGUUUUAUAAAAGUUCUAGCCUGAACACAUAUAAAGGCCAAAAUUCUGUUAUAAUUAUACCGCCACCUGCUGGAAACAGGAAAUGACUUUCAUAACUUAAACAUGCAAUGUCCAUUCUGCACUAGACAUGUUUGAUAAGAGUCGUGACCUAAAGACAUCUAAAGGUUAUAUUCAUAGCACCACCUGUUGGCAACAUGAUAUGUCGUGUUUUACACUAACUCAAAACAUACCAUGUUCAAUCUGCAACAAACCUCAUAUGUUUGAUCGAAGUCUUGGCUUGAAGACAUCUACAUGCCAGUAUUCAGUUAUAGUUAUAGCGCCUCCAGCUGGCAGCAGGAAGUUUAGCACAUAUUCCUGCUAUAUUUACCACUUUAAAUGCAUAUUGCUCACCGUUUGCCAUUUUCCUGAAGUGACCAGGUUGCAGUGAACCCCGGUGCAAGGGACCUUUCAAUGCUGCUUGCAGCUUUAAUUUGAAUAAAGAAUUUAUUUCAGUGCAUCACUACACAGUAUUUUACUAUUGAUUUUAAGUUUGUAAUAAAUAAUGAUUUCACUCUUCCAAGAAACAAGAAAACUCUCCUAUCAUUUCCAUUAUAAGCUCCCUGGCAUGUUGUCUAUUUUACCAUGAUACAAAAGAUAGAACAUACAAAUGUAAACCAUUUGCAUUAAACUGUAAAAAAUUCAUGCUUAUUGACAAUAUGAAAUGCAUUAAGCUUUGUUAUAAUAACUUCUAUAGGCAUCUUAGACUCAUCAUCAUUUCUGCUGAUUUGCUGCAUGUCAGCACUUAUGAAGACUAGGGCUAAUAGGUCAUCGCAGACUAACAACAUUUGCAUGCACUGCCUUUCUCAGAAGCCAGCAGGCCUCUAUUCUGCAUGAAACUGGAGCUGAAUGAUGAUAUGCAUGCAUAUCGGUUUGUGCUUCUUAGACCCAAUGCUGAGAAAUUACAAUUGUGUCAAUGGCCUCUAUGAAUGCGUCAUAACAGUCAUCUGAACAUCUCUCACUUGUGUCAUUUAAAUUAGACUGCCUAGGGAGGGACCAGAGCCGUCUCAUUGCAUCCCCUGGUGAUUAGAAAAUGAUUACGUCUGUGAGUAAUCAUUAACACUCUUCAUCAGCCAGCGACUUCGUUCACACCACAAGCGCUUCAUUUCACAGUGAAGCAGGUGGCCCAGCAAAAGCUGGGUUUUAUAAUUAGCCCCAGGGGGCACAAAAUCAGAAUGUCUGGAGGACGCCCUGGCAGGCCUACCGAAGGAUGUUGGCAGCAAUGGCGUGCUCCAGAAACGCCCACAGGAAGUUCCUAAACGUAGUUAAACAUGUUCCAACUAAAGGGUUAAAGCUUAGCUGGUUAGCAUGGCCCUGCUAGACUCUGCUGGUAGACGUCGUAACUACACCAUCUGGCUGAAAAAAAUUUUUUUUUCCCCAUUGACGAGCAUUGAAAAAUAUCUUUGUAUUCUGGCGAAAUAGCAACAUUUAAAAAUGCAAAUAUUUAAUUCUGCAGUAGAUGCUUUUGGAAAGUGGUUAAAUUCAUAUUUAAGCUGACGUUUUUCCAUUUCCUGUCUUUGACGUCAGCUUGGGGCUCAAGACCCAUUUUUCAUGUUGACAUUUGACAAUCUCUUUUGAUAUGUCAUUGUGUAACUUGCUUGAUUAUUUACAGCUCAGGUGAUUGGCUCAAAUCUUGCAGCUGAGCUGAGCACCCAUGAGAAAAAAAUAGAUUUCUUCAAGUAUUAUAUAGGACUCUUAGACUCUCCUAUUUGUCUUUUUACCGCGUUCAGCCUUGCAGCUUUCUCCGCACUGAUAAAGUAACAUAAGUAGUGGGUGAUAAAAGCAAAGACUGCUUUGUUUUGAACUUCUAUUGAGUGAAGCAAUGAAGAAUUAAUAGAGGUGAGCAGCUCUAUGGUCUCAAGCUUAAAAUGCCUGUUGGUCUCCAUGGUGGAAUGGCUCUGUGUGUCAUUAUGAGAAACACAACAUGAAGAAGAAUGAGCUUCAUAAAUGAUUUAGGGGCUGUGCAGGGUUGGGAUUCCACUUUCAGGUUAUAAAUAUUUUAAAAUCUGCAGCGGCCAGGGAGAAGCAGAGGAGUACCUGAAUGUAAUCCAUUUCAGAAAGCUGUGCAUCAUUUUAGACAACAGGAUAAGUGAAUCCCACAGUCUAAAUUUGACAUUAUUAGUCAUAAGCAGACAGCCUUGCUGAAAACCCUCAAUCGCAUUUCAUGGUAUAGUUACACGUGUUUUUUUUACAGACUUAGCUUAAUACCCCUAAAAAAGAAAAUAAAGAAGAGCUUUCAGAGUUUGAUGGUAGAGUGUAUGGAAAGCUUGAAUGUUUUUUUUUUUUUUUUCCUAAAAUAUGUUUUUUUCCCCUAUUGAAAGGAGAAGUUCACUUCCAAAACAAAAAUGUGUAGACAAUUUACUCACUCCCUUGCCAUCCAAGAUGUUCAUGUC